ACCGUUCCAGGGUUAUUCAAGGUCAAAUUCGUAUCCACGUAAGUGCCCAACCCUUCUGUAUAGGAAAUUUCAGGAAUGGAAUUUAAUGAUUAACUUCGAAUUCUCACAGUUGUACCCGGAAGAGGAGAAUAAUUUUCUGAAUUCGUGGCAAAUUUGGACGAAACAAAUCCUCCAGGAAGCAAAGUAUAUUAACAAAUCUCCGGCUCUCUUAAAAUUUCUUACUGAAAAUUGCGGCGAAUGGGAUGAAGCAAUCGGGGCUUUGUUUACGCUGCUUCAUUUAAUUCCUCCUACCGCACAGGGAAAGGCAAAGAGGAACCGGUGCAAUAUUGAGGAUGCCAAAACAAGACUCGAAGGCACGCCGCUGCAAUCUAUUUUGGACACGUGGAAAGGGGAUGUAAAACAGCCAAAUCUCCUAUGUCUCGGAAGUGACAAAAACAGCUUGGACAAUUUUUUUAUUAUCUGUGACCGCCUACUCCUUCCACUAGCCGCAAGGAACUCCACCGAAGCCAUCGAUUCCUUGUUCAAAUCGCACUAUGUAUUUGGAACUGAAUAUGACGUGAGCUUGCGGGGAUUGUGGAAGUUUAUUCAAGUGUACAUCUUUAAGUUGGACCCUGAAGAACCAAACCUCCCCAUGAAAGUUAAGCAAGUCUUCAACCAGCUCAACCGGGGAAUCAAUCAACCGCAAAAAAAUGUUUAACUGUCCGGAAUGUUUGAGGUUGGUCAUAGGUAGCGAUGAGCUAAUAAGUCACGUGAAGUAUAUUCAUUCUUAUAGUCAUGUAAAUUUUAAAAUAAUUAGUUGUCCUUUUCAAACAUGUUGUGCCGGGCUGAGCUCAUGGAGUGGAUUCUUGCGUCAUAUCAAAUCUCAUGAUAAUUCAGUAGUUAAUUUAAUUUAUCAGUGCAAUAGUUUGCAAAAUAUUUCCCAGUCAAAAUCUGAUUAUA